UGUUUUCCUUUUUUUGUUUUUUUUUUUUUUUGUUUCGCCCCUCUUUCCACAAGUUUUUUUUAUCUCUUAACAUUAUGACUAGCCCUCGUAUAAGUGCAGUGGCAUCACUACCAAACGAAACUUUCUCAAGUGGAUCUCAGAAUCGAACAAUUCGUCCCCGACUCGACCAGUUGGUCGUCUAUACGGCCAUUUUGAAGCAUUUACUUGACCAGAAGCUACACUACGACAAUGAGGGCAAUGUGGAAAUACAACGUCUGGAACGUUUCCGAUCCGAGGGCAUCGAUCAAUGUCGCCUCCGGGCCCAAGAACAGGUGUGCAAGAAGGUUCAAUCGAUGCUGCCCAGGAUUGUCUAUAAAAUGCGCAACGAUGUCGAACGUCUGGAACGUUUCCUACACACGGAGAAGGUCCAAUUGAAGGAGCUCAAUGGACAUUUAUACGAACAGAGCUGCCAAUUGCUCAAUCUCUGCAAGGAGAAUCUAGAGCUUACAACUUAGAUAUACCUACAAAUCUGGACAUAUAUAUGAAUAUAUAUAUAUACAUAGUAAAUGCUAUUGACUGACUGUAUAUUUCAUAACUAAAUCUAAAUUAAACUAUGUCGCCCAAUACCCUAAAA